CCCUCGGUAUUGGGGACACAGCAGUUUGCACACGCUAUUUAGCACUUUUUGGAUCCUCGCAGAUCACGUUCUAUGUGUGAAAACAUUUUGCUUUGGACCACAAGAUGCACAAGAUGUGAGAUAAAUACACACACAGGAUGUGCCUCCCACUCUCUCUCUCUCUCUCUCUCUCUCUCUCUCUGUGUGUGUGUUUGUUAGUCAUGGCAGUGUGUUGCCGAGCGGCAGCCAGUUGUGUGUUUUCUCUCUCGGAGCUCACACUCCUCUCUCUCAUCCGCUAGCCGCCUCUCCUCCUUUCUACGUUUCACAUCAACCUCUUGAAGUUUUUCAUUUGGGAUCAUUAGUGGCAGUGUUUAAGCGUGUGUGCGUGUGUGUGUGUGUGUGUGUGUGUGUGUGUGUGAGUGUGUGUGUGUGUGUGUGUGUGUGUGUGAGAGUGUUGUUUCCAGCAUGGAAGCAGUGGCACUGUACACGUUUCAUGCCACUGAGGGCGAUGAACUCAGUUUCAACAAAGGAGAAUUACUCAAGAUGACGCGACCAUAUAUUGUUCAUCCCCCGCUGUUGUGUGAACCUUUGAGCUCCUGAAGUCUGCUUUUGAUGUUGUUCAGUCCCACUGCCAAAAACAGAGAAAUCAGAGAUCACCAACAUGGAGGAUGAUCCCAACUGGUACACAGCUGAGCUCCACAACAGGAGAGGCUUUGUGCCCAAAAACUACAUUAACCUGCGGCCACAUGCGUGGUUUGCAGGCCGUGUGUCUCGAGGCGUGGCGGAGAGUCGACUGAGACACAGAGAGUGUGGAGCCUUCCUGGUGCGAGAGAGUGAAAGUGCACCUGGGGAGUUCUCCAUGUCCGUCAGUUAUGGCGACCACGUCCAGCACUUCAAGGUGCUGCAGGACCGCUGCAGUCAGUUCUACGUGUGGGACGAGCUCUUCUCCUCCCUCAACCAGCUGGUGGACUUCUACCAUAGCAACAGCAUCGCUAAGGAGAGGACCGUCUUUCUGCGAGACCCAGAACACUUUGCCAGACGUCCUCACCACGCCCACGCUCUCUUCGACUUCAACCCUCACCACCCCGCGCAGCUCCGCUUCCUGCGGGGCGACGUCAUCGAGCUCAUCGACUGCUCCGACGCGCUACGCUGGAGGGGCCGUUGCCAUGGACACGUGGGCUACUUCCCGCCGGAGUACGUCCAGCCCGUUUACCAGUGCCAGUGAACCCACCACCACCACCACCGCCGCCGCCCCUCAUUAUCUCCGGAACAGAUGCUUGAUCGACGUGUCGCGCAGUCACUGGCAGACUUCCUGUUCACCACUUCCUGUGCAGAACUGCCACAUCCCUCAAACAUGUUAACAACCCUGGUGCACACUAGUCCAUGUGAUGAUGCAAUCAGCCCACCCCCUUGCACAUUCUCGCGCCAAGUGGACGGACAUAAGUACCGCUGUGUCGUGUUUGGGCCUAAAAAUUAACUGACAAAGCAGAUUUGUGUGUAUUUGGCGUGCACUAAUGAGGACCGUGUUGCGUGUAAACGCUCCCUUUAAUGGCAGAGGACCACUGCCCGCUUUUGUGCAUAUUUAGCAGGACUUUGUAAAAAUAGUUAUUGGCCUUUUUGCAGUUUUAAAUGUUUCAUGCUUCGGUUUCCUCCUAAAUGGUGUCAAGAACACAUUGCGUGGGGUUGGAGGGGGAACUCCUACUUUGGGGCCCGACCUGGGGUGUCCAAACUGGCCACACACUCACUUAUAGCAUGCGGGGGCCAUUUUCAUAGUUUUACAUUUUCAAUAACAAUACGUUAUAAAGAUUGUUUUUAACCUUUAAGGCUCUCUUCAAGUUUGAUCCCAUGCAUAAAAAAAGUUGAAAAAUAAGUCUGUUUUUUUUCAACACUUAAAUUUAGAGAUUCAGGUCUGUUUGUUAUACAUUUUUUGAAGUUUUUUUUUUUUUAAUGUUUUAUGCUAUUUUUGUCAAAACCCUGUUUUAAUGGGAAACAACACAAAAUAUGCAAUAUUUUCCCCUCUAAGAUUUUCAAAGUGGAAUAUUUGAUGUGAACUAAUUGUGACAGUUAAAAACAAUUCCACUAAGAUUGUCAGGGAGCCAAAAGAGUCCCACUCAUAAAAGUGUUAAAAAUAAGUCAUUUAGGUUUUUUUUGUGUUUUUUUUUUACUUUCAAGUUUACUUUUAAGUCACUCGAUCAACUUCAGAUCUAUCCGUCCAUUAUAAUUUAUAAUUUUUUCAUGUUUUGGUUUUUCUUUUUGUUGUGCCACAAAAAAUGCAAUAUUUUCCCCCCAAAAGUGGAAUAUUUGAUGUGAGAGCCGUAAAUAGGCCAAUAAAUCAUAACAACAUGGAUUUUAAUGCAUUAUUAUUUUGAGCAAAGACAGUUAUAAAAAAAAUCCCACUAAGAUUGUCAGGGAGCCAAAAGAGCCCCACUCAUAAAAGUGUUAAAAAUAAUUAAUUUAGUAUCAACUUCUGAUCUAUCCGUCGUUUCUAAGUUAUUAUUUUUUCAUGUUUUUGUUUUUCAUUAAUAUUUAUUUGGCACAAAAAAGGCAAUAUUUUCCCCCCAAAAGUGGAAUAUUUGAUGUGAAUUAAUUGGAGCCGUAAAUAAACCAAUAAUUCAUAACAACAUGGAUUUUAAUGCAUUAUUAACAGUUAUUAUUACAGUUUUAACAAAAAAAACCCACCAAGAUUGUCAGGGAGCCAAAAGGUCCUACUAAUAUAAGUGUUAAAAAUAAGUCAUUUGUUGUUGUUUUUUACUUUCAAGGCUUUAGUCACGUGAUUAACUUCAGAUGUAUCCAUUGAUUAUAUAAGUUAUUAUAUUUUCAUAUUUUUGUUUUAUGCCUUUUUUGUCAAAGAAAACAUUGUUUUUAUUUGGCACACAAAAUGCAAUAUUUAAAGAUUAAGAUUAAAGAUACCAAUGAUUGUCCCCCCAAAAAGAGGAAUAUUUGAUUUGAUGUAAUUGGAGCUGUAAAUAAACCAAUAAUUCAUAACAACAUUGAUUUUAAUGCAUUAUUAUAUUUUGAGCAAUGACAGUUAAAAAACCCCCCACUAAGAUUGUCAGGGAGACAAAAGGUCCCACUCAUAAAAGUGUUAGAAAUAAGUCAUAUAUGUUGUUUUUUCUUUACUUUCAAGGCUUUAGUCUCUCGACCAACUCUAGAUCUCUACAUCAAUUAUAAGUUAUUAUUUUUUCAUGUUUUUGUUUUUCAUUGUUAUUUAUUUGGCACAAAGAAAUGCAAUAUUCUCCCCCCAAAAGUGGAAUAUUUGAUGUGAUGUAAUUGGAGCCGUAAAUAAACCAAUAAUUCAUAACAACAUGGAUUUUAAUGCAUUAUUAUUUUGAGCAAUGACAGUUUAAAAAAACCCCCACUAAGAUUCUCAGGGAACCAAAAGAGUUCCACUCAUAAAAGUGUUAAAAAUAAGUCAUAUGUUUUUAGUUUUUUUUACUUUCAAGACUUUAGUCUCUCAAUCAACUUCAGAUCUAUCCGCCAAUUGCAAUUUAUGUUUUCAUAUUUGUAUUUUAUAAACAGUGUUUUUAUUUGGCACAAAACAUGCAAUAGUUCCCCACAAAGUGGAAUAUUUGAUGUGAAGUAACUAUUGGCCAAUAACUCAUAACAUGGAUUUUAAUGCAUUAUUAUUUUUUGAGCAAUGACAACUCUGAAGAAAAUAAAACACAGCCUGCAUGGAGUCAACAGAACUAAAUAGAGUCAAAGUUGCAACGUUUUCUUGUUACAUUCCAACUGUUUAUUCCACUUUUUAUUGUUUUUUUGAUAGUAUUUUUAGAAUGUGCCGCGGGCCCUCAAAAAACAAACGGUCCCCAGGCCCCACUUUGGACACCCCUGAUUGAAAGUGUAAAUGAAACAUGACAGUCUUGAAGUGUUUAUGUGUGUAAUCUUCUAUUUUAAGUAUGCAGGUAAUGGACGAAUGUGAGUGACUAUUGCUCCACAUCAUCUACACUAUUUAAAGACACUUGUAUUUACCAGUUACUGAAAUAAAGUAUGCAAACUUU